GAUAUGGAUGCUGAAUGGCCUCACGUGUGCCAGAGAAAUGGGUGAUGGAUGUUUGGGGCUGGAGAUUUCCUGCGUCAGGGAGCUGAAGAGCUGAAAAGCCAUUCCAGGGCUCUGCAGACUCCUCAUGAUAUGUUCUGAUUUCUGUGGGAAAGCUGUUUCCUUAGAAAGUCAAAUCAUGACCUUCAGUGAUAGAAAGUAAAAAUCUAUGCAAAUUAAGUUAGUGUGUAAGAACCAAAAAUCUAGUCAUUGGAUCAGGUUGUACGUUUUUCUGUUUGGAAUAUUAUGAUAGUUUAUUACAAAUGAUAUUGAAUAAAUAUGGUAGAGAAAAUCUCAGUUGAAAUGGUGCCACAUACUUUUGGAAUUGUGAAAAAUAUUGAUAAAGCUCUUCCGAUGUCUACAGAUCCAAAAUAUGACAAUUUAAUUUGUGUAGUGCUGAAUGAUUUAUUACCAAACCAUCGGUACAACUGCACUGGAGUACUGCAUUUUACUGAAAGGAAUUCUACCAAACAAUCCUUUGAGAUAGAAACAGACUAUGGUGUUCCAGAAGCAGCACAAAACCUUACAGUAACAUGUAAUACCACAGGUGUAAAAGUUACAUGGAUGAAACCCGAGGACACUUCAAAGGGUCCCAUAAAUGGCUACUUUAUCAAUUUCUUUGUCGGAGGCAAAAACAUUCAUAAUGCAGAUAUCAAAACAACUGAGUAUACUUACAGUGGAUUUAAACCUUUUACCAGAGCUUCUGUAUAUGUGACUCCAUAUACAAUCAACAAACUCAAUGACACACUUUCAGGUAGAAAUGAAAGCUGUGAAUUUACAACAGAAGAAGGAGUGCCAGAAAAAGUGGGGAAUGUUAAAAUAGCAUUGACAGCUGAUAAUGCUGUCCAGAUUACGUGCAGAGAACGGGAAUUCUUUGGACCAUAUGCAAGAUUUUAUUUGACUUGGGAGAAUGAUGGAGAAACCGAAAGCAAGGACAAAUGUGAAUUUACAAGAGAAAAUCUCUUGUACUUGACAACCUAUGCAUUUAAGAUCUUUGUGUCUAAUGGAAAACAUAAUGGGACAGCUGUAGUGGAGAGUAUAAAAACCAGAUAUAAUUCUAGAGCCUUGAUUAUAUUCCUGGCAUUCUUGAUCAUUGUGACUGUAAUUGCUUUACUACUGGUUCUGUACAAAAUCUAUGAUCUUCACAAAAAAAAACUUAGCAAUUCUUCUGAAGGAGUGAACCUUGUUGCAGUUAAAGAUGAUGACAAGCAGCUUCUCAACAUAGAGCCAAUACCCUCAGAGCUAUUGCUGGACACGUACAAGAGGAAGAUUGCAGAUGAAGGAAGGCUCUUCUUGGAAGAAUUUCAGAGUAUUCCUAGAGUUUUCAGUAAAUUUUCUAUAAAGGAGGCCAAAAAGAGCCAUAAUCAGAACAAAAACCGUUACAUUGAUAUUCUUCCAUAUGACCAUAACCGUGUUGAGCUCUCAGAGAUGCCAGGAGAUCCAGGAUCAGACUAUAUCAAUGCAAGUUAUAUUGAUGGCUUCAAAGAGCCAAGAAAAUACAUUGCUGCACAAGGCCCCAAGGAUGAAACCACAGAUGAUUUCUGGAGGAUGAUCUGGGAACAGAAGGCCACGAUUAUUGUCAUGGUGACUCGCUGUGAGGAAGGAAAGAGGAAUAAAUGUGCCCAGUACUGGCCAUCAAUGGAGAAUGGAACUGCAACAUAUGGAGACAUCAUUGUGAAGAUCCAUGAAAGUAAAACGUGCCCAGACUACGUCAUUCAGAAACUGCACAUCACAAAUGGAAGAGAAAGGACAGCUGGAAGAGAUGUCACUCAUAUCCAAUUCACAAGCUGGCCAGACCAUGGAGUCCCUGAGGAUCCACAUCUCCUUCUCAAACUCCGGCGCAGAGUUAACGCUCUCAGCAACUUUUUUAGUGGUCCGAUUGUGGUUCAUUGCAGUGCUGGCGUUGGGCGCACUGGGACGUACAUAGGAAUUGAUGCCAUGUUGGAGGGGCUGGACACGGAAGGCAGAGUGGAUGUUUACGGCUACGUCGUGAAACUGCGGCGCCAGCGGUGCCUCAUGGUCCAAGUGGAGUCUCAGUACAUCCUUAUUCAUCAAGCACUGGUGGAAUACAAUCAGUAUGGAGAAACAGAGAUCAGUCUCUCAGAACUGCAUUCCUCCCUUAACAACCUGAAAAGAAAAGACCACCCGAGUGAGCCUUCUCUGCUGGAGGCAGAGUUCCAGCGAUUGCCUUCCUAUAAGGGGUGGCGUUCACAGAACACUGGGAAUCGGGAAGAAAAUAAAAGCAAAAAUAGGAAUGCCAACAUAAUUCCUUAUGACUUUAACCGAGUGCCCAUCAGGCACGAAGAGGAUUGCAGUAAGGAGGGUGAGCAUGAUUCAGAUGACUCCUCGGAUGAGGACAGCGACUGUGAAGAAUCCAACAAAUACAUCAAUGCUUCCUUCAUAACUGGUUACUGGGGUCCAAAAGCCAUGAUUGCAACACAGGGACCACUGCAGGAAACUAUCUCUGAAUUCUGGCAAAUGGUGUUCCAAAGAAAAGUCAAAGUCGUUGUUAUGCUGACAGAGCUGAAGGAAGGAGAUAAGGAACUCUGUGCACAGUACUGGGGAGAAGGAAAGCAAACGUAUGAUGGCAUAGAAGUUCAAAUGGCAGAUGUCAACUCUGGUCCUAGCUACACCAUACGUGCAUUUGAUGUUGCACAUCUGAAGACAAAAGAAACUCAGAAGGUUUAUCAGUAUCAGUACCAUAAGUGGAGUUGCUGUGAUGUUCCAGAAAACCCCCAAGAUUUAGUCAGCAUGAUUCUCAACAUUAAACAAAAACUUCCAGCCAGAGCAGUCACUGAGGACAGCAGGAGAACCCGCAGUGUCCCACUCCUUGUCCACUGCUGUGAUGGAUCACAGCAGACUGGUGUAUUUUGUGCUUUAAUGACCCUUUUGGAAAGUGCAGAAACAGAAGAAGUAAUAGAUGUUUUCCAAGUAGUAAAAUCUCUUCGUCGCACCAGGCUGGGAAUGGUCUCCACCUUUGAACAAUACCAAUUUCUGUAUGACACCAUUGCCAGUACCUACCCUGCACAGAAUGGACAAAUAAAGAAGAACAGCCAGCAGGAAGAUAAAGUUGAAUUUUGCAGUGAAGUAGGAAAAUCAGAUCAGGAAACUGAUUUGAUCACAACUGAUCUUGCCCCACCACGGCCAGAGGAAAUUGAGCCAUCUGAAAUUUGUGAUGAUUCUAAGGCUGCAGAUAGCACUAAGGGAACAGAAAGCUCUACAAAUGGCCCCACAGCUGCAGUUCUAACUUAGAGCUAGACUUUAAAAAAAGUGCUUUUUCACAUGCAAAAAAUCUUGUGCAAAAUGAGAGGUAUAAGAUUUCUUCCUCUUCUCACUUUUUUUUUUAAAGUUUAGUUAUUUUGGUUUUUGAAAGGUACAGAUUUAAAGGAAUACUUGAAACUUGUAGAGAGUGACAAAGAACUGUGGAAUUUUAAUUUUUGUGUAGAUUUGCAUUUAAUACUUCUUCAGAAACCCUCACUAUUUUUAUACUUUUCCUUUUAGAAACAUGUACAGUGUAAUACUAUACUGAGCAGUGCAAAGCAAAUUUUUUAUUUCUGUAACAAGGAAAAAAAGCAACUCAACAAGAUUAUUGAGUUGCAAGAACAGGUUUGUCCUCAAAACUACUAGCAAGUAAGUGAACCUAUUGGUAAACAUAUAUUCUAGUAUUUCAGGACUAAUGAGAGCAUUAAUAGUACUCUUGGGACUUGGGGGACUUUGCCACAUAGUUUUAAGAGCUUCUAAUUUACAUCAUGUGGCAAUUCCAAGGAAUUCAGACUUACAAAGGGUGUGUGAAUCCUCCAUACCAAUGCAGAAUAUAAAUUUUUGCAUUUUUCUAACUGUCCUCAAGGUGUCCUUAUUGCUCCACAUAUAUUAAUCUGAUACUCCUAUAGGAGUUUGGAGAUCGGCAUUUGAAUAAUUGCAACAGUUCUGGUGGAAAAUACAUCCUAUUUACUCUUAGAGCUUAAAAUACUGACUGCUUGCACAUCUCUUUCUUAUGCUUACUUUUAUUUAAAGGACUACUUCCAUGAAUACCUCCAACCUCUUUUCAGAAAUGGAAAUUACUUUGAUAAUUUUCCUCAAAACUUGUAGAUUUUAAUUGGUACAGAGAUUUUUUUCAUAAUGGUGUAUGUUACAGUUUUGAUUUCUUUUCUCUUUUUCUUGCUGGAUUUUAGCCUAUUGUUUUCAGAACAAAUAAAAAAGGUAAUUAAUAGCUGACAA